GGUUGGCAAUUUGGGAGCCUGCUGAACCCUGAGAGGAAAACCGUUGGGCUGAGGCGGCUAGCAAUGGUUUUGGAAAUCAAGAAGAAUCCAAUUUGAACAGAAAGACAGCUUCAUCUGGCAAAGCAUCCUGGUUCUGACCAGCCAAAAUGCUUUAUGGAACCUCGUGGGCAAGAAACAAAGGCAUAUUUGCUUCAUACAGGAGAGAUGCUGUUGAAUUUUCAUUAAGGAACCAUUUAAAAGCUAUUUAAAGUUUGAUAAAUAUUAUGGAUUAUUGUAUGUUUUAAUCAUGAAAAUCAAAUUAGAGGUACUAGCCUCUACAUGUAUCAAACAGAAGAAGCCAUGGCCUCGAAUCACCUGGCUAGGAGAGGAAAAAGAGGCCGUUUUCCUAUUGGAUGACAAAAACAUACAGGAAAUUAACCUACUUUCUGGAAAAACAAAAAAGAAAAUUCCCCAAUUACAGACUUUUCUGAAGAAUGUCAUUGUAUUAUCAACUUCAAGAAAUGGAGCUUGGUUGGCAGGAAUGCUUAAAACAGGAGAGCUCUUUCUUUGGAACAAGGACCAAGACAUUAUAAAGACUGUUCCAGCCAUAGAGGAAUCUAAAAAAGUGUCUAUGGCAGUGCAAGAACAUUCCUUGAGGUUAUGCCUACGUGUUUCUGGCAAAGGAAAUAAAAUACUUCUUGCUACUCCAGAUGUCUGUGUCUUAUUGUGGGAAAGUAUAGAAUCAAAAGCAACACCUUCUCAAAUUUCUGCAAUGGGGCAGUGGUCCCAAAUUAUUCCUGAAGCUUCAGUUGUGUUACCAGCCAUCAAAGAAAAAGAAACUGUAAUUGGUGCUGAUUUUAUUGAAAAUGAGGUAUUGGGAAAUUGUUGCUUGGGUUCUUUUGCAUUUUAUUCUGAGGACCAACUGGUGCUGAUAUUUUUGAAGAUCAAAUGGCAGGAGAACAGUUUAAACAAUGCAAGCUCUGUACCAUGUCAAAUCCAUUGGGCACAACAAACAUGCUCUCUGCUUAAUUUGGUUCCCGCUUGUGAAUCAGUGAAGUCAAGAGGUGCUUUGCUUACUGCAUUCUCACAUGAUGGACUUGUGCUAGCAGUUGCUCUCAAUCAAAAGGAUCUACAGGCAACUCAAAUUCUGUUUAUGAGCACUAAGAAUUUUAUUACUACUUCAGGGAGUCUUAAAGGUUGUGGUAGCAAGAAUCCCAAAAUUCCAUCCAAAUUAAUAAGGUCUUACUGGAUUUCUGACAUGAGCUGGACUCCUGAUAGUCUGUUUUUGGUUUGCAUGUUAAAACGUGGAUCUCUGAUCAUAAUGACGUGCUUGGGUGAAUUGAUGACUUUAAUUACUUAUGGCUGCUCUGUAGAAUUUGGACCAGCAGAAUUUAUUCCUCUGCAUCCAUUAAUAACACACAGAUCACAGAACUCUUUCUUGAAUUCUCAUGAUUCAUCAGUUUCUGAAGGGGACUUCAUGAGGCAGAGGUUUUCUGUCACAUGUCACUCGAGUUUGCCUUAUCUCCUUGCUUCUGAUGGAUACAUGGUUACUGUUCUUAAAUUUUCCAGUGAGUUUUCACCUUCUACAUAUACAAAGUCAUUGCUGCUUGAUUCAGCCCAACGUCUAGAAAAGUUGCACCACAAUUUGAUUACGUUCAAGUCUGAGGGGAAAAAGCAGCCACUGCAGUCAUUGUCUUCUUUAAGAGCUAAUCUCCUACAAUAUGAAAAUCAACUUUCUACUUUCUCUGGCACUCCAAAGUUUCUACAAGAAGAAGAGGCAGCCACUGAACUAAUUGAAGAAAUAUCACUAUUCCAGGAAUGCAAUGAAGAAUCCAGUGAUGACAAUUUUUUUCAAAGUAACUCAUACAUUUUGAGAAGCCAAAAAGCAGAUUUCGCUUUAAGUGAUGAAGGCCAGCUGGAAUUUGCAUCAAUGUUUGACACAAUUCAUGCUAUAGAUGGAACAGACAGAAAAAAAGAUGGCCUGUUGUUUGAACUGAACCAUAUUCAAAAGAAUCUCAUCGCUGCUUGGAGAGUGGGCACUUCAAGAAGUAUAAAAGAAAAAGACAUAUUAUUGAAUUUUAACAUUCGUUGCAUUGUAUACUUCUUUAACAUUCUCCAGCAUGUGAAGCUGAAAGAAUUAGAUCAUCCUGUCAAGAAUCAAUCAUGGAUACAAUGUGUCUUAAACUGUUUCCACCAAUUUUUGACGGUCCUAAGUUGGGAUAAUCAACACGGACAAACAUUGGGGCAUUUAAUGAAAUUCACAAUGCAGACCUUGAAACUGAUACUUGCAGGACAACAAGAUCACUUUUUCUCCACUAAUCUUUUGGGAGGAUUCUCAUUGCUGAAGAUGGUUAUUCAUUAUUUAAAUGUCCAAAAAAUACCACAGUAUGAAGGUCUUCUAGCAGAUCUGAAUGGUAGUAAUAAAGUGGAACUAGAUUCUAUUGAUGUGCCUCUGUUUCAACGCAUGGAUUGGAAUAGUCACCAGAAGCACUGUGCAAUACAUUCUGUGCUAACGUGUUCUCUUACAAUGGCAAACCAAACUGAGAAUCAAGAAAAAAGGUUAGCUGUAAUCUGGCGACACUUGUAUAAGCAUGUGAUUUGGUAUUGGGCACAACUAAGCAGAAAAGUGAAUAACUCAAACAAAUCAAUGACUGAAAUCCAAAUUGCUCAGGAAAUUCCAGUGGCCAAAGCACUUGCAAGCCAUAUACAGGCAAUCUUACAGUCUUCGGGAGAAAGUUUGGAACAGCUUCUGAAUCUUAGGUCUCUGAAUGGUGAGGAAGAGUUCCUGAUAGGAUCGUAUAAAAAGUCUGUGGAAGCCUGGGAGAGAGCUUAUCAGGAAUCAAAAGCAAAAGGGGGAAAGAGAAUACCCUUUCUUCAAACUCGAUAUUAUCUUGCUAUUUUAUAUUCCCAUCUGUAUCAUUAUAAUAUAAGUGAGGCUCAGGGUCUGUGUGAUCAUCUGGUAUAUGAACUUCUAAAACGAAACCAAGUUUCUGUAAAAAACCGAGAUGUUAUGACAGAUGCUGAAUGGAUAAAAGAUAUUCAUGCUGAAGCUGCUCUGGCAGUGGUUCAGUCUUUGGCCCGAUUCAUGGCAGCCUACUUCACUAAUGGGCCAAUUUAUAUACUUCCUCCCCACAGUGUUGGUAUCUUACCACCACUUCAUAUCAAGCCAGAUGGGAACUUUCGUAUUAUUCCUCUGCAACAUUCCAGAGUCACUGAAGCAGUUAGGGAUAAUGGCCUGUCUUUUACUUGGACUGUAGAAUAUACUCUUGAUUUGUUGCUCAUCAGUGGACUGAUUCCAGAAGCUGUGUGGCUAGCCCAGAAACUUGGAGAUUGGAAAAUGGCUGUUUCAAUCGGAGUGGCUUAUCAACUAUAUUGUCAAAGUAAUAAAAGCUUACCGAGGUCAGGGAAGGUGGAAUUAUUCCUGCCAUUACAUUUGACUCCAACAAACAUUUUUCAAGAAAAGCUACAAUCUUUCUUGGGUCAGCCUGUCAACAAUGAAACAACAAAUCAGGGAAACCAGAGAUAUAAGCAACUCACAGAUCCUAUUGAAGAAGAAGAUGCAAGUUCCCUUUUUAAUUCAGUAGAACAAAUAUUAAAAGCAGCUGUUAUGGCAGAAGCAGACAUUCUGUCAGAAACCUUUCAGGUUUUGAUGGACUUUGCCAAGGAUCAAAGUAGAAAAUUCUGCGGCUUAGUUCCUAAUGGCUUAUAUCUCCCAGCACCACCUUUAUAUUGUCCUCAGCCAACAUUUGAAGAAUAUGCUGAUGUACCAUUAAGAGUAGAGAGAGACUGCAGACAGAAAAUAUCUGGAAUUGUUCAGCGGAUUCUUCUUCUUUUCCGAGCUGCUCAUUGUUCUUUUGCUGCUGCUCAAUGGUAUAUUGCGCGGCUGAAACAUGUACGAAGAGUCAUGCAAAAGAUUCACAAAAAAGGUGCUCUUCCUCCUUUAAGCGAUCUUCCAGAAAAUUUGCUGAAGUAUUCCAAUUAUCAUACUGUGUUCUUACGGCCUUCUUCUUUUGGAGACCAUAACUUUGAUGCUGUUUCAUGUAAAACUGUAGGAUGCUUUCGAGAAUUAUGUGUAUUGUGCUGGAUGCUUCAUGUUCGUGAAAGAUUGUCUGAUAGUUGCAGACGGUAUCAAAAAGCAAGGGAGAAUUUGGAAAAUCGGAAUGAAUUCAAGAGGGUCGAAUUUGAUGCUUGCAUAGUUGAGUCCUCUGUCAGUGCUUUGGAGUGGGCAUGCCGAAUGCUUCCUUUUGCUAGAUUCAUGAACAUUGAAGAACUUGUGCAGGAUAUCAUUCUGAGCCUUAUUGGAGAAUUACCACCAAUUAAAAAGGUGGCUGAAAUUUUGGUAAAAGCAUUUCCUAGCUCUGAAGAUGUGAGGGUCUCAUUAAGGGAUAAAUAUAAUGAUCUACACCAACGACUUAGGCACUGCACAGUUAAAGGCCCCAGUAGUGAAGAAAUUAUGUCGGUUGUACUACAGGCUACUUACAAAGUGAAUGUGAAAACCCUGAAACGUGUGAUAAGGAACAUAGGGCCCAUUCAAACAAAUAUCUGGGAGCCACCGGAAGAAGAGAUACAAGACUCCAGAAGUACCUGCUAUGAUCAGUUUUCUUUGGGGACUACUCUAAGCAGAAGCACAAUUUCAGAUUUCAGAAACUUUCAGGGGUGCAACAAUGCUGAAUCAGCAGACUCACUUUCUGAGUUUGGGGUGACAAAAGCAGCAAGAAAGCUGAGGCAAGAAGAUCCCAAGGCUAUACCCUCGUGUAUAGAUGUUUCCAACCAUAAAGAGUGGACUGAAAAGUUAAAGGACUGCAGUGGGGAAGGAGAUCUUAAAAAAGGGACCCAUAAAGACCUUACCAAUCAACUCCAUAUGCCUUUAGUCGGCGAAUGGGAAUUUGAACGUGAUGAUGAUGAAUAUAUUAAGUUUUUAGACCUCUUCCUAACUUAUGUGCUUGAAAGAGAUCCACUCAAUCACAGCGAAUCUGCUGUUCCUUUUCUGACAUGCUUUUCAGCCCUCCUUAGAGAACAUGAGCUCCAUUCUCUUCUUUUUGAUGUGCACACAACACUGAUACGUCGACAGGUCAGAGCUGAAGUCCAAAAUGUAUUUAGAGCUGGUUCUUGCUACACCCUUGGUUUUGGAUUUAAUGAUUCUAAACUAGCUCCUGUAUGGGGUAAAAAGAAAAAAGAUUGUGAAAAAGACACUUUAGCUGAUGAGCAACCCUUAGAGCUUUCAGACUGUGAUUCAGUCAUGAGACUUACUGAAAGAAGGGGUUUAUUUGGCCAAAGCCAGCAAUCAGUCAGUGACUCACAUGAUUCCAGUAAGACCUUAACAUUCACACCAGCGUUAGCUCAAUGUUGGUCUACCCCUAAAACACCUCUCUUUCAAAAAUACAUCUGCAAAACUGGACAAGUGAAUGAUGUCACACAACAAGACGAACCAGUCCCAGAAAUACAUCUUAAAUUUAACAAUAUAUCUCGUCUACUGGAAUGGAUGAUCAGAUGGUCCAGUAAAAGAAUGGUUCAAGAUCCCAUUACAACAGGGACGUUUCAGGAAUGCCAAUCAAUGAUGCAUGUGAAAAUAUCUUCAUCUGCCAUUCUUUCAUCAUUGUGGAUUUUAGAGCGACAUUUUGGCAACAAAUUUCAAGACCAAAAUUACGGUUUGAAACCACAGAAACCAUGUGAAAAAACUUCCACUAUCAUACCCAAAUUGGAGAAAGAUGAUGCUGAAGAUACAAAUAGUUCUUCAUCGGAAGGAGCUCCAGCUGAAAUCCAAAAUGGACAUGUAUAUGGUGAACCAUUUAAAAAUAUUCCAAGGUGCAGAACAUUACCUGAAAAGCAAAUUAGGAAGAAAGUAAGUUAUAGGAGUCGUUCUAUAGUACCUGAUAUAGACACUGGAAGUACAGCUGUUGAUAUCAGUCUGGCAGAAAAAGUGGCAGAGUUUCUACGAAAUGAAAUAGUUGGACCAUCUGAAACUGAAGUCUUUAAUGAAGAUCCAAUUUCAAGAAAUCCAACGAUCUCUGUCAGUAUUAAAUCAGUAGAAAAGAAAAAAGAGCACCUCUCUGAAUUAAAAGUAGAAUGUCAACAGAAUGAACCUUUAAUGGAAACAUCUGAGGGAAAAUGUACAAAAUUGGAUGGUAUUACAGGUGAAGUAGAUCCCAGUGAUUUCCCCCUUUCAUUUUGUUCUGAAAAGCGGGCAGAAACAACUAGUGUAGACAUCACUGUUUCAGAUGACCAGCCUUCUUUCACAGAGGUGUCAGACAUUCCUUCAAAUGACACUGGUGUAAAAACAGAGGUGAUUGAUAGAGAAAUGACAGCACAACCACCGAACACUUCAGAGGUUGUUGGGCAAAUGCUACAAGAUGAAAUGUUUAAGCUGAUUCAGCUGCAGCAGAUUAACUAUUUGAGUCUCAUGCAAAUAGUUGGAUUUGCCAACUUGCCGAAUACAUCACAGCAGAUGCAGCAACCUCAACCUUUUCCAUUAGGAAGAAACUGGGCUUCAAGCACUGAAGCAAAUAAUAUCCAUCAAUCUCCCCCCAUGCAGCCAGCAGGUGAUGUUCAAAAACCUACCGACCAUCAAAUACCAACUUUGGAAAACAGUUGGAAUGUUGGUAAGAAAAAUAACAGUUCUCCCGAAGAAAAAAACUUACCUGAUCAGAACCAGGAUGGAAAUAACACGAAAUUUGUGCACAUGAAUGAUUCUUCAGCAUUACGAGAGAGUCAGUCUGUUGGUGCAAGAUUGAUGCUACAACUUCAAAGCUCACCUCAUCAGAAUCCAGCCAGGCCAUUCCCUCUGUUAUCUGUUUCCCUAAAUGCUGAGAAGAAGCCAAAGCUUAUUCCAUUGGCAAAACCCUUAAAUAAUACCGAGGGAUUUCCUUUGCUUAAGCUAAAAACAAGUUAUCAAUUCCAGGCACUCAAUUUCUGCCCAGUAAUUCCCCACAGAUCUUCUGGACUAUCGUCAGGACCGAGAGAAGCCUGGGGUCCCCCACCUUCUCUGGCACAAAAUCCUCCCGGUUUACAGACAUCAGAACCCAGAAAUGAGACAGGAGCACAUCUAAACUUGAACCGUUCUGUUCAAAAUAUUACAAUCCAGGUACAAGAGCAGACAAAGCAUUGGGCUGAACCAGUCAAGACAGGGAUUUCGAAACAGUUUCCUGUAGAUAAAUAUGGAAAAAAGGAAGAUUCAGCACCGUCACAACCCUUCCAUGAACAUCUAAGGCCAGAAAAACCAUUGGUUGACAGCGAAAUCAAUUCACAUCAAGCCUAUGGGCAUUUUACUGAAAUUCCUUUGCUAUAUCUGAAGACCAGGUCACCAUCCAAAUGUUCACCAAGUAAAUUUACAACAAAAGAUACAGAUUGCAGAGGAUCCCUUGGACAGACAGGAUUCCCAUUGCUUUAUUCUAAUUUACCUCCACUAACCAAGUUUCAGAUACCGAAACUCAUUCCCCUUCAAGAUCUGAUUGCAUUUGAACAAAGCCAGCAUUUUGUUCAGUACCCCCAGCAUAAAGAGAAUUCCAGGCAGAUGCAGUUAUUGAAAGCUAAUAUUAAGCUAAAUGAAACAAGACAAGUGAGGAGUAAUAAGAAAAGACAGAAGAGACGUAUUAAAAAUCGGCUCAAGGAGAAGGACGAAAAAAUGAAAGCCAUUGUGACUAAUCAACAAGAUGAUUCUUCUCUUCUUCCUGAUGCUGUAAAGCCAACAGAGGAAUCCCAAGCUGAAUUAAGUGCUGGUCCGUGUGAUGCUAAUUCAUUACUAACCUCUCAGCCCGCAAAAUUGAGCUUUACUGACUUCAGUGUGCUCCAGAACAAUGAAUCGGAUACGUAUAUUUCUUCAGCAGCGCUACAUUACCUGGCUUCUGUAGGAAAAAAGACUGCAGAACUUCAGGACGCUAGCACAAAUACAGCAGAUCUGCAGAAUGCUAGCACAAAUACAGACCCCGUUCUGAAAUCAUCUCAGAAUAUACAAACUGUAUCAGAAGAAUUAAUUGAUGAAUCUGUUGGGAAUCAAUCAGUCACUUCUGCAUCUGUAACAGUUGAAAAAACACAUCAGGAUGUUAUAACAGACUCAGAGCAAAUAGUUGCUGAAACUAAUAAAAAUAAGCCAAUCAUUUCUCCUCCCGCUUCUGCUUCUGAAACAGAACUGUUGCCUUCUUGCAUUCCUCAGACUUUGGCACCAGAGUUGUAUUUCAACUUUGACAGCGCAACUACAGAGACACCUUUGCCAUCUUCAUCUGAUUUGGCUGAACAGAGAUAUAUCAGUGUGACCGAUAUAGAGGCUGGUGAUCUUUUCAAGAAUUUGCCAGUUGAAUCUGAGCCCACUACACAGCCUAUUGUCACACAACCUGUGAAGUCUGAAUUCCCAGCUUCUACAAAGCUGUAUUAUCCAGCAGUCUCUGUUACUAGUGUAUUACCACUGGAUGAAUUUGAGAGGCAAGAAAAGAGUCUCGAAAUAGAACUGCCUGUACUACCACCAAGAAUAACAGAAGAAGAAACUUCUGUUGAUCAUCUUACCUCAAGUCUCCUUUGUGAAGAUUUUUCCAGUAUUUACACAGGACAGUUGGGUCAAAAGAUCAGUAAACAGCAUUUUUCUGGAAAACUACAAGAAAUGGAUAGACAACUAUCGUACCUACAAAAUUUGGCAGAAAAAAUGGAGAAAGAAUAUAGCACUACUAAUUUGUUAGGAGAAACAGCAAAAGAUGUCAGUCUGAUACCUGAGGAAGAAGAAGAUGACAUAUUGUUCUUUGCACCAGGUGUUCAGCUUUGCAAAGCAGAACGUUAUUCAACUCGUGCAAGGGUGGAGAAUUUUACAGAGGAAAAAGACUUCUUAGAAGAAGAAUCUUCCCCAAAGGAUUUCAUCGCCUUAAAAACACCUUCUGUUUCACCUUCAGUAUCUGCUGCAAAUCACCCCAGGGUCAACAAGUUGUUUUCUGAUAUUAGUUUUAAAACGGAAGAACAAGAUGAGAGAUGUUCAGAAGAUCGCCUUCAAAUCAGUGGCUUGAGUGAUGUUUUGGACAUCAUUAAUGAUCUUAUAGCGGAGAAUGGUGUUUCUCCUUCAGAGCUGGGCCUUACAGAAAUUCAAGCUCAAAAAAUGGCCAGUCUUUCAAAUAUACCACGUAAGCAGACGUAUACGGCUGAGAAGGAUAAAAAAGAGUUACAUGCUUGGAUGAAAAGAAAACGAAAAGAAAGACUUGCCGAAUAUAUGCAAACACUGUCUGAAAAACGGGCAAAAGAGCACAAUCCGUUCCAUCUGAGAAAGAUGCCCCUUGGACUGUCAACACGAGAGAUUAAAUUACAACAGAAAAAGAAAAAGGAGAAAGAUAAGGUCUUGCUAUCUGAACAUCAUAACUUAAGAAUCACUGAAGCUCUCAGUCUGAUGCAUGACUUGCUGUCCGACACCGCACAGCUCCCUUCCAGUAACUCUAAACCAUCAUCCAGGAGAAAAUCCUCUUAUGAUUUUAAGCAGCUACGCAUCCCUUCUGCUGGAGGUUUCCAUGGGAGGAGCAAGCCAUUUGCCAAAGUUGGCUUUGGUCCAGCGAGAUCCCUUUCAAGUCUGUCUUGUGACACAGCUUGGAAAAAGGGUCGACUCUGCCAAACUCCCUACAGAAGAACACCACUAGAAUCCCAUCAAGGUGAAGCAUAUGGGAAAAGCCGUAGAAACCAGAGGCAAUGGAUGAGUAGCAGGCUGGACCUGAGAAGCCAUGCUUCUGAUCAGACAAGAGAAUCAAUGAAUGAGAAAAGGUUCUUCACUUCUAGUAUGACAUCUCAGGCCACCGAAGAGACUGAUGACAAUACUGUGAGUGGUUGGAGUGUCCCCGAAGAGAUCCAGCAAAUACUGUAUGGCACAUCUAAUGCACAUUCCAACAAGGAAUCACUUCCAGAAGAUGCUUGCUCGAUUGCCAGCCUUAAUAAUGCUGACAGCGUGAGUGAAAGUACCGGCAGCAUCCUUAGCAAGCUUGAUUGGAAUGCCAUAGAGGCUAUGGUAGCAAAUGUGGAGGAGAAGUAAAACUGUAUCUAGUCUGUUCUGGUCUUUAAAAGGACAUUAAGUGGAAUAUGGAAAUGAAUAAAUAACUGGUGGUGAAGUUGGAAGAGGAUCAAGCAACGUCACCACAAGUAACAUCAAGGGCCAAUAUUCACCCAUUCAGGAGAUUCUGCAUAAUGUUACAGAAAAAUUCAAGGACUUUUUUUUUUUUUAAUGAUUACCUUCAGAAUAAUUUGAUUGGUAGUGGUGGUGGUGUUCCACAAGAUGCCAUUUUAGGACUUGUAGAAUAUGUAGAAGUUUAAUAAAUCUGGCAAAUAAGGUCCUAAGGAUGUUAUAAACUUGUAUUUUUGAAAGAGUGUUUAGAAUGUAGGUGACCAGGCUUGCAUCUUGGUUUCAAUGAAUCUUGUUUAAAAUUAUGAACAUUUAAAUAUUUUUGUAAUAAAAUAUUUGGGGUGUUUUGUUUUGUUUUUGUUAUGUUUGAAAAUGUUUUUUGUAGGGGUGACAAGUUUGUGUUAUAUCAGGUUAGUUUUGAAGGUGUUGCUGAUACCCAGUAUCUCUUGUUGGGUUAUUUUUUGGUAGUCUGUGAGAAGUAAUCAGGCCUUAAAAUAUGAUGCCUCCUUCACUAUGUGAAUAUUUAAAAGAGUUUCAUUUCUUUUAAUUCAUUCUCUUAGUAAAUUUUUAGUUCCUACAAUUCUUAUUUGUGGAAUACUUGACAUUUUCUGAAUAUAUCUUCCAUCAGAACUUUGAGGCCGUUUUGAGUUGUUCUUUUAAAAUGAAAGAUGUUGAAACAUUGAGUGGAUAAAUAUUUAUGCUCAAUUUAAGAAAAUAACAGGUAUUUCAUAUAUUCAGUUUACGAAUUUGCCAGUGUUACAGUUUAUCAUAAAGACAUGUUCUGGCUCCUAGUUUGGGAGCCCUUUUUCACACACUAGACAUGCUCCCUCGGAAGGUAGCUAAUCGUCAGCCCUUUGAGGUAGGCCAGCUAAAGAGCAAGAAUGACUGGAACUCUCCUGAACUCUAACAUAGGUUGUAGUAACAAUCUUGAAAGCCUCUUUUGCCUUCCCACCUUCUUACACCUCUGGGAAUUAGGGUGAAGCCAGUUCGAGUUUUUAAUGUUUUCUUCAUGCCUUGUCUAACGUCGUCUCUGUGGCUCCAAACUCUGGUGGAAGAGGAUUCUGAGGAAGCAAACUAUCACUCACAAAAGCUGGUGCCUUUUCAUAACGUUUUGAACAGGCAUUACCAGAUUGGGCUCUUGUAAACUAAAUGAUUCUCCUCCGUUUGGUAACGAAAUGAACUCUAAUCUUUUCGCUCAGUUACUAGUGAGAUUAUUCCUUUUGUAAUUAAGAUGAGGUUUGUAAAUAAGGAAGCCCCAUUAUAUUUUAAUGGGAUGAAAGAACUUUCAGAGUGCUUAAUUAGAUAAUCUGGUGGCAUUCAGGAGAUUUGCACAGCAGGAUGGGAUGUUCAUGAUACCACGAUGAUGUCACUUUGUAAAUCAUGAUUACAUCUUUAUCUGUAUUUGUAGAAGUUGUACAGUGAUACUCUAGAUAUGC